AUGCAUAGAGUAAAGGAGGUUACCAUUUCUCACUGCAUCAAAAGUUGGGAGCAAAAAACUGGAAAAAAAAUAAGCGAAGAAGAAAAUGUUAGUUUUAUUUGUAACAUCCCAUUGAUUGAAAAACUUGAUCAAAGUAUAAACACUCUCGAAAAAUGUAAACGUUUAUCUUUGUCUACCAAUAGGAUCGAAAAGUUUGUCCCCAUGCCUGGCUUAAAAAAUAUAGAAAUAUUGUCAAUCGGGAGAAAUUGUAUUAAAAAACUUCAGUUUUUAGAGGACAUAAGUGGCACAUUAAAACAGUUAUGGAUAUCAUAUAAUAAUAUUGAUAAGUUAGAUAAUUUACAAUCUUUAAAAAAUUUGCAAGUUCUUUAUUUAUUUCAUAACAAAAUAAAAUGCCUCGAGGAGAUUGAUAAACUGAACACCUUGCCUGAAUUAAUUGAACUAGGACUUAAAGGAAACCCCAUAUAUGAAGGCCGAACCAACGAAUACAUGAAGUUGGUUAUUUUGAAAAAGUUGCCUCAAUUGAAAGUAGUGGACAAUGAGACAAUAACUGAAAAGCAAAGAAACGAUGCCCUCACAAUUGAAGUGAUUUAA